AAUCAAUUCUCCAUGUUGUCUUUCUCUCCCAGGAUAUCAACAACGAUAUUAUUAUUUGUCACAUCGUGUCCGCGACCUUCAAUACGAUGCUUUGUUACGGGAAUACCUAGUCCUGAGGCUGGUGACGGUCGACGCAGGCGAAGAUGCGUUCUCCGCGUGCGCCAUCUACCAAAAGAUUACGAUGUUGCCGAAUUCGUCUCUAGCUCCUACAUGAUUGAACGGAUUAAUUUUUCACCAAACUCUGUGGAUUUGCGCUUUUUUCGCCCAAUCGACGCUGAAGAACGUAAAGGGCGCUGGAAACAGACGAAACGAUACAAGGACGAGCAAAUGAGCUUUGUGGGACCGUCUCGUCCAAUGGUGGAUGCAGGGAUCAUUGCAAGAAUUGGUGCAUGGCAUGCAUCGAGACGACUCGAAAUACCGGGGCAAUGGACUAUUCAGACGCUACAAGAUCUUUUUACUCCGUAUGGAGCCCUUUGCUUCACAGGCGUCAGGGAGAACAGAGGACUCGUGGACUUUUUAAAUAUUGCGGAUGCCAUCAAGGCGUACGAGGCUCUCCAACACCAUAACGUCGCGUUUCGUAGAGAUCCUAACCCUGUAGGGACGACACCGCGGACCGUACAUAUAACUGGGAUUCAAAAAAAUCAAGUCGAGGAUUACGUCUUGUCGAGUUUACGCGCCGUGAGACAUUCCACGGGGCUAAGUCUUCGUCACGAUGCGGAUAAAGAGACGAUGGAUAUCGAGUUCUUUGAAAAAGACGAAGCCAAUACCUUCCUGUCACAUUUCCAGCCAAUAGCAGAGCAGAAAAUUUUUACUGCGACAGCAGUCGAGACACCUAACCUUCAUCCCAUGAUGGUGCUUGCUCUAAAUUUGGGUGCAAGACGGGCAUUAUGGAUAGGCUUGCGGAACAAAAAGGCUAAGGAUGCCACCGCUCUAUUGGUGCAAACAGUCUUGUCGCAGUUUGGCGAAGUGAUGUUUGUCCACCACCGCUCAUCAGUUCGAGCGCCUUAUUCAUCACUUGUCGUCUUCUUUACGGAUGUAUAUGCCGCGAUGAAUGCUCUCAUUGGCCUUGAGAAGGGAGGUCACUUGCUUUCUGCAAUUGCUGGUUGUGAAGUGAGUUUCGCCAAAUGGGAAGGUAUUGAAGAUCCUCCGGGGGUGCAGCGGACGGUUAUUUCUGGACCCACCGUGACUAUACCUGUUCCGUCCGAAGAAUCGUUUGUGGAGGUACCACAGGGCCGACGGGAAUAUCGGUACACACUUUCCUCUUUGUUGCGAGAAGAAAAUGCAAAGCCAUGGCAACGAAGAUAAGAUCGAUGAGAUCGUGUACUCCAUGAACAUGUCAUCUCCAGCUAUUGGCGGCGACCCUCCUCCCCUAAGUCAGGCCUGCAGAGAUAAGAUAGUGGACGGGUGUGGGUUGCGCUGGUUAGUAUCUCGAUGUCUCGUUUGUUGAUCUCAUUGGCACAGUCAAUAUACCUGCGACGGUAACCUACAUGAAGUCGCUUAACUUUGGCGUGGCACUCCAUGAAGACAGUUACCAUCGAACAAUAGCCUUCUCAUGAAUACGCUGGGAAAUGAUCUGAUUCAUUAAUGGAGAGAUUUACGUCAGAAAGUCCUGACAAGGGGUUUUGUGUCCUCUAGAAAACCUUGACGUUGGAUGUCGACGAAUGUCCUAGCUAAGAGGUAUCUUGAGGACGCGAUCAAAUUUUUUGUUUAAAAACUGUCUAAAU